AUGGAACCGGAUAUAGAGAUGCCUGUGGCCGUCAAGGGCGGUAAAAAGGCGAAGAAGAAGAAGUCUGGAGCGCCCGCUUUACCAGCACUAGACGGAGAGGACUCCACUUUUAACGUAACUGAUCACCGACAAUCUUUAGGGAACGAGGGAGUCACUACUCUUUCUCUUGACGCCUCUAGGGGGAAACGAAAUAAGGAAAGCUUGUCAGACCUUAAGACGGAGACAGUUCACCGUCCGGAACGCGGUCGACGCGGGGUCUCGCGGGAGCUUCCGAGACCCGCCGACGUCGACGAAGACCUUGGGAUAGGCGAAAGCGCUCCAGGAAAUUCCAUAUUUGCAGCUUUCUCAGCACUUGGCCUCUCGGACGAGGGUAACUCCGACGCUGAUGACGCCCAGAGCAGCGAUUCGACCCGGUCGAGUCACAGGCGAAGUGGUAGGACCGGUGAUAAUACCUCGUUGAACGGUUCACGAAGCCCUGCCUCGGGGGCACUUGCGGUUCCGCAAGAUUUUCGUAACGCGAUCGGCACUAGUUCGGGAACAGAGAUUUCAGGGACAACUUCGAAAGAGAAGAAUUAUGCGCGGGCCGGUGCGGUGCCCAGUACCUGGACACCCACAGAUGCUCUCCGCAACACGACAACCAAACGUUCCUCCUCCGCUAAGAAAGGGAAUACGGGGGUGUCGCACGAGGAAGAUGCCGAAAUUGAGGCCAUUCUCGCGGAGCUCGAAGCAGUUGAGGAGGAAUCCACAAAGACGAAAUCGAGCAAGAAACAGAAACGGAAGGCCAAAAAAGCUACUCAGAAGGAAAUCGACGAUCAAGACGCAUCGUUCGAAGAGCUGCUUGCAGCAGAAGCUGCAGAAAGGCACGAUGCGUCAGACCUUGCCAGUCGCCAGGCUGAUGAAGCCCAGCACGGGGAGCAGGUGGUAUCUGCAGGUGGCGAUGCACCUCGGGUGCAAGAGAGACCUGCUGCGCAAGAAUCACCCGGGGCGUCUCCCGUCUCGGAUCCGAAAAAUCGGCAUACGUCGCAAGCUGGCACAGUUGUAGAUCAAACUCAGUCUUUGUCGGAUCAAUCAGCAGCUGAGGAGCGUAUUGCGGAAGCGCAGAUAGAGGACCGGAAUCAUGUCGGAGAGGCACAGAGUCAGCAACUGACGGCUGCACAAAAGAAGCGGCUGAAGAAGAAGCAGAAGGAAGCUUCAAAAAAAGCUGAGGCAGUAGCCGAAUCCAGUGAGCUGCCAUCCAGUGCUCCUUCCAAUGCGAGUAAGGCGAUCGUUCGUCGUAUCUUGGCAGAGCAGCAGCGACGAGCAGAGGAAGAGGAACGGCGCCGUCAAGAAGAGGAGGACCGCCUGGCCCGCGAGCGCGAGCGUCAGCAACGGGAAGAGGAAGAGGCGCGACAACGAGAAGAGGAACGACGUCAGAAGAAGGAGGCCGAACGAGCCCGUCGCGAGCAGCUCCGUCGCGAGGGUAAGCUCUUGUCGAAGAGUGAACGUCAACGAAAGCAACGCGUAGAAGCAUUCAUUCAACUGAGCAUGGCAAGCGGUGCAAUCGCUGCAGCGACGCUCCCGCAAGAAGCGACCAAACGAUCAAAAAGAGUCUAUGACGACCGCAAGAAGAAACCCAGGCCCAAGGACCCGACUGGCACGGACUCGGAGCAGACGACCUCUACAGGUGUCAAGGCGGCAGCGCAGGUUGCUGCAACGGCCUCCGACUCGACUAAAACAGUCGCAGCUGCCAGCGAUGCCCGAGUGGCGGCUGUGCCUGAUAGCUUCGAAGCGCACUUGACGGAUGCAUUCAGUGAUUCGGGUUCUGGAGAAGACGAGCACGUGCUAUCGCUUGCUUCAGAAAGCGGUGUCGACGACGACGCUGAGCAGAAAGAAGCCAUUUCGGGCAAGGUGCGCUUCAGUGAGCCAGCUCGGGUGCAGCCCUCAGGCCCUGCCCUUAGCGCAGAAGAGCGCCGACAGCUCGCUGUGCGUCAACGCCUUGCUGAUGAGGCUGCUGCACGGACAGCUGCGUCCGCUGAUCGACUGCGCUCACCAAUUAUUUGCAUCCUGGGACACGUGGAUACUGGGAAAACCAAGUUACUGGACAAAAUAAGGCACACCCAUGUUCAAGAGGGUGAGGCUGGCGGCAUUACGCAGCAAAUUGGUGCUACCUAUUUCCCUAUUGAAGCGGUUCGUCAGGAAGCAGCGAAAGUGAACCCCGAGCUGACGUACCGAAUUCCGUCGUUGCUGAUCAUCGACACCCCCGGGCAUGAGUCGUUCACGAAUUUGCGCUCUCGGGGCUCGUCGUUGUGCGAUAUCGCCAUCCUCGUUGUGGACAUCAUGCAUGGGCUCGAACAGCAGACGCUUGAAUCGAUUGAGCUCUUGAAGAUGCGGAAGACUCCUUUUAUCGUGGCAUUGAACAAGGUGGAUCGCUUAUACGGUUGGAAGCCUUGCCCGAUGGCCCCCAUUCGGCAGGCUUUGGAAGAGAAUCCGUCGACUGCUGCUGAGUUUGAGCGCCGGGUAAGGGAAACGAAGACCGCCUUCGCGGAAAUCGGCUUUAAUGCGGAGCUAUACUGGGAGAACACUGACUAUCGGCGGAAUUUAUCCCUGGUGCCCACUUCGGCAAUCAGCGGCGAGGGCAUUCCCGAUUUGCUGAUGCUGCUUGUUCAGCUUCCACAGCGGCUGCUUGUAGAGCGUCUCAAGUUCAUAGACUUUGUGUACUGCACGGUUCUGGAGGUGAAAGUCAUUGACGGCCUCGGAACGACAAUCGAUGUGGUGCUCACUGGGGGCGCUCUCCACGAGGCCGACACGAUUGUGGUGUGCGGGCUGGAUGGACCCAUCGUCACAACCAUUCGAGCUUUACUGACGCCGCAUCCAAUGAAGGAAUUGCGAGUCAAGGGGCAAUAUAUCCACCAUAAGCGCAUUGAGGCAGCACAGGGCGUCAAGAUCAGUGCCGAGGGCCUCGAGAAAGCCGUCGCUGGGACGCAGAUGUUUGUGGCUCGGAACCCUGAUGAAAUUGAGUAUCUCAAAGAAGAAGUAAUGGCUGAUUUGAGCACAACCCUUGCUGCCGUGGACACCUCGGGCGUGGGCGUGUAUGUGCAGGCGAGCACGCUCGGUUCGCUAGAGGCACUACUGGAGUUUCUCCGCAAGGAUGCAAAGAUUCCUGUCAGCGGUGUGAAUAUCGGUCCAGUCCACAAACGUGAUGUAGUUCGAGCCUCAACCAUGCUGGAACACAGACCUGAGUAUGCCGUUAUUUUAGCUUUUGAUGUGAAAGUGGAACGGGAAGCGCGCGAGGAGGCGGAGAACCUCGGAGUCCAGAUUUUCACCGCGGACAUCAUCUAUCACUUGUUCGAUCACUUCCGAAAGUAUAUGGAGCAAGUGAAAGAGCGGAAGAAACGAGAUGCAGAGGUGGAUAUUGUCUUUCCCGUUUGUGCAACGAUCCUGCCAGACAGCAUAUUCAACAAACGGGAUCCACUGAUUCUGGGUGUGCGCAUCGACGAGGGCAUCCUUCGCUGUGGCUCGAGUCUCGUUGCUGUGCACGAGGAAACGAGUCGCAUGGUUGACAUUGGACGGGUGCUGAGCAUCGAAUCCAACAAGAAAUCCGUUACGCAAGCUCGCCGGGGAGAUCUGGUGGCCAUCAAAGUAAGCAGUCGCCAAACAAGCCAUGUGAUGUACGGCCGACAAUUCGAUCACACCUUCAAACUAUAUAGCCGAAUCACACGGAAAGCGAUUGAUUUGCUGAAAGAGCUCUACAGAGACGAGCUUACGAAAGAUGACUGGCAGCUCGUCUUGAAACUGAAGAAAAUGUUUGGCGUUUUGUGA